CCGAGAAGCCCAAACCGCGAGGCUUUUUCAUUUUCCCCUGUUUUCCCCCGCCGGCGCCGACUAGUCUUUCAUCAAUCUCUGUUAACCGCUGACAUAGACCGCUCAAUUCAUAACCGAAGAGGGUUCCAAGUCUUAGUCUACGGAGCACACAGUCAACUGAGUCAAGGCCGGUCGAGGGGACGACGAUUCGUACUCUCCUGCUCGCGGAUGUUGGAUCUUCAGCUUCCUAGCGGCAAUGGCAGCAGCAGAAGACCAUAAUCCUUUCUCAUCUCUCCUCUAAACGCACAAUCUUUGAGUCGUCGAUAUAACGCAUUGGAUUGGAUUGGAUUGGAUUGGAUCGCGGCUGUUGAAUACUGUGAAAGAUUUGCAGAAUUGAAGGCUUUUUCAAAGUUCAAAGAUUGACUUUACCAACAAUCUGCUGAGCGAUGGAUGGGCAAGUGCUGAACAGUUCUCAGGCGAAUUAUGUGGAUGAUUAUUGGGAUGAGGAGCAACUGUUACUUCACUAUCAUUUCUUUGGUGAAGCUGGCCACCCACAACAUGGAAACCCUCAAUUCCCAAUUGAUGAAGCUUUAGCUAGGCAAUUGCAGGAGGGUGAUUGGGACAGUCCGGUUGAUGAAGCACUCGCCAGACAGUUGCAGGAGCUAGAUGGUGUUUGGGAUGGAACGGAUGAUGAUGCUCUAGCUUUACAGUUGCUGGAGAUGCAGAAUUCAUUGGGAACAAUGUCGUUGAGCAGACCUCGUAGAACCGCAACAAGACCAGAGAAAACUCUCCAUGGAUCAAGUUCUUCUUCGGCUGCAAAUCAGGACAACAUUGACAUUGAUAAUAUGACGUACGAGGAAAUUAGUCAGUUACAAGAGUCGAUCGGUGAAGUCAGCAAAGGUCUGUCGAAGGAAGUAAUGUCCAGGUUGCCAACUUACAAAUACAAAUCUUCAAGGAGAGGAAGAAAGUUGAAAGACGAUGACAUAAAGUGUGUGAUAUGCCAAACCGAGUUCAGCAAUGGGGAUAAGCUGAUCGCUUUGUCAUGUCUGCACAAAUUUCACGACGAGUGUAUCAGAGGCUGGUUCAAAAACGAAAAGACUUGCUGCAUUUGCAAGGAGGAGGUCGACGUUUGAUUUCGGGUUAUCGGAUUCUCGACAGAAGAGAUCCACUUGAUUUCUACCGUCCUGUUUUCUGUAUAACAAUUAGAGUGCAGUUCUUUCAUGCUGUUCAAUAUCUCUUCUCUUCUUAUAAACAAGUCCAGCUUCAUUCUGAUAAGCACUAUCGUUCAUGUAAUGGAUAGAGAAUGAGGAUCACUGGAGCUGCUCAGAACUUGAUAGCUAGCUAUAACAGGGCAGGUGUUAGUGUUGGUAAUGUUGUUUAUAAGGUUCUCUUUCGACUCUUUCCCAACUCUUAGACGGCCAUAAAGCAGAGUAAUUUGAAAAAGGAACAUUGUUAAUUAGCUAA